AUGGCAGUCAUCACCAUCUCCUCCCAGCUCAAAAAGAUGGCCAGCUCCCAAGCGACUGAUAUGGAUUCAUUCGAGAUCGAUAGCAUCAAAGUCGAGAAGGCCAACGCCAUCCUGAGGUACCGCCAGCUUAGGAAGAUCACCAAUCUGUUCCGGGUGAUCGAGGUAUGCCUUGUUCUGAUCCUGGUCUCCAAAUUUUCCUUUCAAUUGCCGUUUGCCAUCAAGGUCUCCGGCGAGUACUUCCGGGAUUUGUCCGUCACCCUCAUCAGUCCGCGCUUUUUCUCCGGCCAAAACCAAGCUGAGAAGUACGAUGAAACCCAUCUUUACAAUGAAAUUGUGGAGAAGAGUGAAAAAGGCAGGAUGGAAAUUAGCACAAGUACUGAGGAGACUGUAGUCAUGGUGGAUACUUAUACUACUCAUGAGGCAAAGGUUUAUCGGAGAACUCAAUCGGAGAAUCCCAUCAAAGACAAUUCCGACAAAACUUGCCGGGAAUUGAGGCGGUCAGUGACGGAAAAAUGCAGGAAAAGCACUGAUUCUUGUGAGAAAAAUUACUCUGAAGAUGACAUGAGUAAUGAGGAGUUUCGCCGGGCAGUAGAGGCAUUCAUCGCUAGGCAGCAGAGGUUCCGAAGGGAAGAAGAAUCCAUGGCUGUUGUUCUUUAG